AUGCAGAUAGUUUCCGCAGGCAUCGGGCACCCAGCGGUGCAGACAUCGUGCGCGCACUCGACUGAGCACACGGGCCUCCGAGCGAGCGAGGAUAUGGCGAUGGGUCGGGCGAAGCAGUCUAAGCAGCACUCGUUGGGCCUCGAGAAAGAGGGUAGCGUGGGUGACGACGCGCAGAAUGGAGAGAGAAAGUCUUACCAGCGGGAACAUGAGACGGGUCGCGACCACCUAUUCUACGGCUCGCGGCGGAGUGGCGGGUGGAGAAGGCGGGGGAGCGGGAGAAGGGGAGAGGGGGGUGAGACAUGUAUAUCCUUUUUACGAGUUGGCGAAGAGUUUGCUUUUCAGAUAUGUCGCAUGGUGAUUGCAAAGUCGAAGUGA